AUGGAAAGAGCGGACAGGCGUCGUUCGCAAACAUUCAAAAGUAUUACCAUCCCCGAGGAGGUUCUGCAGGUUGCUGAUGGCAGCUCUCCGGACUCUCCAACCAGCCAUGAGGAAGAGUACGGAGAUUCGGAGCGACCAACCGGACCUGUCAGGCGCAGGUCUGGAUCGUUGCGGACCAGCCUCAAAGUGUCGAUAAACACAGAUUCCAUAGCAGCAAGCAUGGAAGCUGACGAGGAGGCGCAGCGCUUCCUGGAACCAGGCUCUGGUGCACCUGCACCCAAGCAUCCCAUGGACAGGAACCCGGAAAUGGAAGCUCAGCGCGCAGCAGCUAUCGAGAAGGUGGCUCUCGCUGCUCGCAAGGUGACGCAGAAGCUGGAGAAACAACAGCAGGCUAUGCUUUCGCGCCGGCGGAAGCGCUAUCAGAGCGCGCCGGCCGCACAACUUCUAAGCCAAGCACGCGUGGCUGUGGAGGAAGCUUCAAGUGAGCAUUUCGAGGCCACCUCUGUGGCAGGUGGAAUCCCUGCAGUUGCCAUUUUCGACUGGGAUGACACUCUUUUCCCUACGCGGCAUGUCACUGAAGUGGUGAAAGCUGUCCACACCAAGGAGGGUCCUUUGCCGGCUGAGUCGCCCUUCUACGCUGAGCUCAAGGCGCAUGCACAGGUCGUCGAGGCCAUCCUCCUCGCUGCGCGAGAGGUCGUUGGUCGUGUCAGUAUUGUGACACUCGCUCGCCGGCCUUGGGUGGAGACUUCCGCAUCAUGGUACCUUCCUGGUGUUGACUUUGAGAAGCUUAUGCAGGACCUGGAGAUCGAAGUGUUUUAUGCUCGCGAACAUAUCACGCGACCACACAUCUACAAUGCUCAGUUGGAGGAGGGCGUCGACAUGUUCGUGAUUGCGAAACGAAACGCGAUGCUCAGGUGCCUGCGCAAGCUCUACGGUGCCAAAGCGAAGAGCAUGCACGUAAUCUGCGUGGGUGACUCGACAGUGGAGCAUCUCGCCAUCAAGGAGGUGCUGUGGUGCUGCCCGCAGGAGGCGGGCAGCUACUGCAAAACCAUCAAAUUGAUGUCAGACCCAUCAGUUCAGAACCUUACUGAAGAGCUGCAGGUGCUUACUUCCUGGCUCCAGCAAAUAGUCGUAUGUGUGAAAGAUUUCGACAUCAGCUUCGAGUCGGAAGACUUUCUGGAGAAAAUGGCCGCCGCGCUCAACAACGGCGGUACUGAAUGA